UUUAAACAACCAGUGGCUUAUUGAAUUAGAGGAAGCUGGGUUUUCUUCCUCAGGAAACUUGCAGAGGAAACAAAGGGAUUUGGAGAGCCCAUUUUGCUAUAGAGACUGGACUGGAUCUUGUCUGUUCUAGAAGUACAGAACUAACCUGUACUGGUGCUGAGCUAGGAGAGGGGGCCCGGUUUUGGUCGGUCCGGAGGGGAUGGACACCUUUCUGACCUCAUUUGGACUGAUGCUCAUGUGUGUCCAAUGCUCAGCUCAGAGACUGUCUCCGACCGGGAAAAACAUCUGCCUCAGUGUCAGGGAAUAUUCUCCCAUAUGUUGUUCUGGAUGGGGACAGAACGGUGACGAAUGCACUGUCCCUCUCUGUGAGGGAGAAAGGGCCUGUCUGCAGGAUGAAGUGUGUGUUUAUCCUGGACUUUGUCGAUGUAAACCUGGAUUUUACGGGUACCAGUGCAAAACCCCUUGUCCUCCUGAGUUUUGGGGGCCGGAUUGUCGAGAGCUCUGUCCCUGUCACCCUCAUGGGCUCUGUGACCCAGUCACUGGUGAGUGCUCGUGCCUGCCCAACCGCUGGGGCAGCUUGUGCCAGAACAGCUGCAAAUGUGGACGUCAUGGGAAAUGUGAUCCUGUCUAUGGCAACUGCACCUGUGAGGAGGGCUGGUGGACGUCCACUUGCUCCAAAGCCUGUCAGUGCCACCAUGCUACAUCCACUUGUGACCAAGCCACGGGACGCUGCCUGUGUGACAAAGGCUACUGGGGCCAAAAGUGCAGCCUGCCAUGCAACUGCUAUGUGUCCCCUUGCCAGCAGCGCACAGGGGCCUGUCUUUGUUUGCAUGGCUGGUGGGGUCCGUCCUGUGAUCGCCGUUGCAUUUGUGAUCUCAGCCAUGCCGACUGUGACGUGCAAACUGGCACCUGUCUGUGCUACCCGGGUUACAAAGAGCCUUUUUGCAAUGAGCCUUGUGACAGUGGAAAGUAUGGCAGAGGCUGUAUGAGAAGCUGUGGACACUGUGAAGGAGGCAGGUCUUGCUCUAAACAUGACGGCCUGUGUGAUGCCUGUGCACCAGGGUGGAAUGGCACUCACUGUGACCAGCCGUGUCCUGCAGGUUAUUAUGGCCACCGCUGCCAAGAGGUUUGUCCGCGUUGCAGAAAUAUGGACCCAUGUGACACGGAAACCGGAGCGUGCUCACACUGUGAUCCUGGUUGGACUGGACCGAGAUGUGACCAACCCUGCACAGAUGGUACAUACGGAGAUGGCUGUCGUUUCCUGUGUAAGACCUGCCAUCAUGGUCACUGUGAUCAUGUGACAGGAAGUUGCAUUUGUCUUCCUGGCUUCCAGGGCGAGAGCUGUAAUAGCACAUGUCCUCCUAACCUGUAUGGCAUCAACUGCUCCUCCACAUGUGACUGUGGGAAUCAUGCCUGCCAUCCUGCCACAGGAGCUUGUUCAAACAGUAGCAGGACAGGUCUCUUAGCAGGGCUUUUGAUUCCCUUGUGCAUUUUAAUACUCGCCUUGUUGUUCUGCUGCUGCUGUUGUGGGCGGCCCGUCGAAGGGAAAGAAGGAGUGGCGGUUGGAGAUGGCAGUCCUGCGGUUCGCAUGAAGCAUCAUGUUUAUACUGUGCUGGCCAACAUGGGUUCAGCAAUGCCGUGCAUUACUCUUUGGUCAUCUGGUUUGCCUAGGGUUACAGUCUCUCAUCAUGAUCCUGAGCUCACAUUUAACCACAGCUUCAUUGAGCAGCCAUCGUCCGGCUGGGUGACGGAUUCAUUUGAAACUGAUGAUGAAGGAGAGGUCGUCUACUGUGAACCACCCAGGGAAGAUGUUCUUACUGUGGCCGGUGGAGAGCUUCAAGAGCUGAGCUCAAAGUGUAACUUCUUCCCUGACCCAUCAACCUUCAGCAGUGACGACAUGUCACAGGAUUUUGGUAUCCCUCGUACCUCCAGCAUUGCCAAAUCCAAUCGUCCUUCAGUCUCAUUCGCAGAGGGCACAAAGUUCAGUCCUAAAGAGCGCCGUAGCUCAACUCAAGACCUGCCAGGAACAAGUCGGAAACCCAAAGCCUGGGGCGUUCUGAUGAUCUCUGCCCUGCAAGGAGGACAGGGAAACCACAGUGAAACAGAAAAAGAAGAGAAAAACAACGAGGAGACCAUCUCCUCUGAGGAGCAAGCAGCUGAAUCUGAAACACCACAAACUGACUCGGAAAGAUACAGUUCUGGCCCACUAAGGACUCACCUCACUGUGCCCAGUGGGAGACGACGUACACUUUCCAAUACCAGGAAGAAUGCCCAACCGUCUGAUAGCGGCCAGGAUGCAGAUUCAGAGAAGUUAACAACGGUAUAUGUCACUGUGGGCAAGACCCAAAAGAUGGCCAAGCAAGAGCCCCCCUCAGAAGGGCCUGUUCAGGCAAUGCUGCGCAGAUUGGGCAGUCUACAGAGACAAAGAGAGGAGGCCACCCAGCCCAAAGGAAGGGGGCAGGCGAUCGCCAAGCCACCACGGAGGAAACUGGGAGAACGGGCCAGUGCGUGGGAGCAAGCUACUGGGUCAAACCAAUCAGAGGUGGUCAUGAGGAAACCUAGUCGCAGGAAACACAACUCCCUCAGCUCUCCCUGCACAGUGGGGGCAACAGACUUUCCUCAGGAGAACUGCACCCCCAAGAGGCCAUUGUCCUCCAUUUUAAAAAGUGUUCCAGAGAGUGAUACGCUCCAUAGUUUGGAGGUGGAACAAGACACUGAAGUAGUUUAUGAGACAGACACUCUGACAGAGCACACUUAUGAGACUGUGGCUCCGUCUGAUAGGGUCUCCACGUCUUCAGAGAUUAUUAUUAAUGAGACAGUUGUGGACCAAGCAGAAAAUGAGCCAAAUUAUGAGAACGUUUAUGUAAAGCAUUGAUAAUAUCCCUGAAUCUUAAAGUUUAUGAUUUAAAGGGCAAUAAAGUUUUUCUAGUACUGUAUGUAGGUUUUGCAUAAACUGCAUUAACAUAUCUACAUAGAAAAUGGUUUUGUAUGGUUGUAUAUUCCUUUUAUAAUUUCUAUUAAAACAUUAUUUGGCUUAUUUUUAAAUACACUUUUUAAAGUAUUUUAUCAAUAUGUUGCCCUCAUAACCCCUUAAGUAACUGAUGUAUGUCUACCUAUACUGACAUUCAAAAGUUUAGGGUCAGUAAUAUUUUAUUCUUUUUUAAAUUAAUACUAUUAUUCGGCAAGGAUGCACUAAUUUAAGCAAAAGUAACAGUAAAGACUUCUGCAUUGUUAAAAAAUCUUUAAACGCAGAAUUUUUUUACUCUCUAUUGAUCAAGAAUCCCGAAAAAAAUAUAUCAAGGUUUCCACAGAAAUAUUAAACAAUACAACUGUCUUCAACAUUGAUAAUAAUAAGAAAUAUUUAUUGAGCAGCAAAUCGGCAUAUUAGAAUGAUUUCUGAAGGAACAUGUGACAAUGAAGAUUGGAGUAAUGGCUGCUGAAAAUUCAGCUUUACCAUUACAGGCAUAAAUCACAUUAUAAAAUAUAUUCAAAUAGAAAAAGUCAUCAUAAAUCGUAAUAUUUCACUGUUUAAUUUGAUUAAAUAAAUGCAGCCUUAGUGAGACUAGAGACAUCUUUAAAAAACAUUCUUACCAACCCCAAACCUUUGAACAGUAGUGUAGAUCAAUCCUGAGCCAAGAUAUGAACCCUGCAGCAAUUUUGCAUGAAGUAACUUACAUAAAUAGGGAUGGGUACCGAAACCCGGUAUUAAAUCGGUCUCGGGGCUAAAUUAUGAAAGACCGGAGUAUCGAUAAGCUCUGACGUUAUCGGUUCUGCUGUCGGUACUGGAGAAAUCAAGAAAACACACAUACAUUUAUUGUUACUAUAUAUACACAUUAUUUUGCAAAUUAUAUUUCACCAGAGUUGCCAGCUGUUUUUAUGUGCAAUAAUAUUCAAACAUCUGUCUAUGAUAUUUUUGCUAUUCGCAAUUCAGAGAGAACGCGCUUACGCGGAGGAGUUUCAGCACGUGCAACAUGAAAGCCCUGUUUAAUUAUGAUAGAAGAGAGAACUAACUAUUCAAACACCUGCUUAUGCUUUAGGCCUGUGGCUGUUAUAUUAAGCUUAGUUUAUUAUUUUUUUAUUUCGAUUUUGGCUUCUAAGUAUUAUAGCCGUGUUUCUUCUAGCACAACUUCCUUCCCUUUACAGCGGUGCGCAUUCGUUCCUCCCUAACCAAAACUUAACGUCAGAAUCAGCUCAAUCGGUGAUUAUUGUAAAAUGCUGUCUUUACUGCUGCUACAUUGCGGGACAUGUUUGAUAAUAAAACGUUGAAAGCACAAUCAGCGCGAGAGACGCUGUUCCCCAGGAUGAAAUGGGUGUGCGCGCCGCGCUCCAAAACGGACAAGCAGAUUACACUUUGAGCUUCAGGCGCAUCCAAACGAUCGAAUGCACACACAAUGUCAAAAUGGCCAGCUACGAGAGUAUUCACUUAAACACAGUUUAUGUCUUAAGUGGACGAGAUCAGUUGGGAGAAAAUCCGAUGUGUGUCAAUAUUUUGUCUUAAAGUGACAGACUGGUGCUUGGGCCAUCAAUGUUAAAUAACAAAAUGCAAAGAGAAAAAUCACCCACAGCUCUUAAUCUGAAUAACGUUAUAGCUUUAAUAAGCAUUAAUCUAUCAAUACAUACAGUGAAAAUUAUGCAGUGUUAUUUUACAUUUUAAUUUUUUUGUUUUACGUUUGAUUACUUUUAGAUUUCUUUUGUAGCUAUUACUUACCUGAACAUUAAUGUUAGUAGACCUUCAUGGAAAAAUGAAAGCACUGUUUAUUUCAUUUCAGUUAAUUUGUAUAUUUGUUUUAUUGUAUUUGUUGGUUUGUUUUACUUUGUUUCUUUGUUCAUGUUCUUACUGUAUCUUAUGUAUAUAAAACACUAAAAAUGCCUGCACACUGGUGCAUUUACAAAUUGAUGUUUUAUAUUAAUUUAAUUAAAUAUUUAUUUUACAUUUCAGAAGAUAAAGCAAUGUUAAUCCAGCUCCUAAUCUGUCUCAUUCACACAUAUAUAUAUAUAUAUAUAUAUAUAAAAACAAAAAGUACCGAUAAGAAUACCGUUAAAGUACCGGAUCGAUAAGCAGUAUCAGUAAGAGUAGUAAUACCGUUAAUACCUUAACGAUACCCAUCCCUAUACAUAAAGUUUGGAAAAAAUAGAAUUGUCUUGAAGUAACCCAACAGAUACUUCCUGGUUCUCCUCAAAAUGCCUUUUCUCUUUGGGCUGUAUAAGUUUCUGUGUAAUUGCAUGUCUUGGUUUUUGACAUCUUUUUCUCUAUGCACGAUAAAUAAGGAUUAGUCCGUACAUGCAUCACUACAUCGAAGUUGUUCUUGGCAGCAUGACACUGAUUACUUAGUGUGAUGUAAAUGAAUUCAGUUGCUUGAUAUUGGCAGUAAACUCGGUUUUCUUUGGAAAGAGUAAGAAACCACAAUAAAUGGAAGAAUUGUGCCAAAACACUGACUGGGUAUGUAAAUGGCAUUGGUUGUUCGCAGCAAAUGAUGGGGGGAAAAAAACAAGACAAGAAACACCCUUUUACUGUGUUGAAAAGGCUAAAACGGAAAGACAUUUCUGUUGAUAUCCUUAAGAGGACUUUCAAAGGUAUAACCUUAUAAAAUGAUGUACACAUUGUCACAAUGACCUAUACAUAAAAAAACAUUGCUGCAAGGAUUGCAAAAUGUUUCCUCACUAAAAGCUGUUGC